GCCGAAACCGCGCUCCACUCACCACGCGUACGCGCACCCGAAAAUAAACAACAACAAAAAAAUUAAAUAUAAGAAAUCGUUUCAAGUUAACUAAAAAUCUUAAAACAAAAAAUCAACCAUGAAUAACGCCGCUUUAUACGAAAAAGCUAACAGCAUGCAGAAAAGGGAUGCACUCAACUUCUUAGAAGACAUCUCCCCGAAACUUAAGUGGAAGAAGAGUAUCAGCAACAUUCUGGAUAUAGGAUGUGGAGACGGAUGUGUUACGAGUAUGCUGAAGAAGUACAUCCCCACUGACUUCAAGCUACUCGGCUGUGACAUAAGUGAGAAGAUGGUGAACUUCGCUAAUGACCACCAUUGCAACGAACAGACCUCGUUCACUGUACUGGACAUCGCAGGAGAUGUUCCCGAAGGCAUGAAGGGCAAAUUCGACCAUGUGUUCUCCUUCUACGCCUUGCACUGGAUUCUGGAUCAAGAGCGCGCAUUCAGCAACAUUUACGAUUUGCUAAGUAAAGAUGGAGAAUGCUUUACGAUAUUCGUCGCAGGCGCACCUUUGUUCGACUUAUACCGCAUUCUGUCGCGCAACAACAAAUGGAGCACUCUGCUUAAAGAUGUCGAGAAAUACAUAUCGCCAUACCAUGACUCACAGGAUCCAGCAAAAGAAAUGAAGAAACUUUUGGAUAAAAUCGGAUUCAUUGACUACAAGGUGGAGUGCAAGAACAUGGUGUAUGUGUAUGAAAACUUCAGCAGUUUGUGGAAAGCGCUGACAGCUAUCAAUCCAUUCAACAUCCCGAAGGAUAAGGAAGAAGAUUUCAAGCAGGAUUACUUAAACAUUUUAAAAGAUAUGAAAAUUGUAUCCAAGUACGAUAACAACGAAACUAGUGUAAACUUUAAAUAUAAGUUGUUAGUCGUACACGCUCGCAAGCCGGCCUCGGAAUUCUAGAAGAUAUAAUUACAAGUAGACUGACUGAACAUUUGUAGUACAAUAAUGAUUUAAACUUGGUACAAAUUAAUGAAGGAAUUGAAUCAAAUCUCAACGUAGAUACCCAAUUAACUAAUAAACCAAACCAAUCUUCACGACACCUGGCACGAAUAAAGGAUUCAAUGAAUUUGUUUCUGUAAAUGUAAAAUUUGGCUUCGGCAAAAUUUUUGUUUGUUAAAUGGGUGUAGGCAUUUUGUAUGGAUGGUGAUGGUACCUGUGUGCAUAGACCAUCGCAAGUAACCUGUUCAUGUAGCAGGUUAUAUUGUAAAUAGAUUUGUUUUAGAUUAUAAUUAGUUAGGUAUUUAUUUAUAAUGUUUAGUUUUAAAGUGUAAGGGGUUAAGGCAAUAUUCUGUUUGAGAUUGACUUCUUUUUAUUGUCCGUGUGUGUAUGAAUCUGAAAGCCCACUAAUCACAUAAGUAUAUAUGCUUACAAAAUAGUCUCUGCAAUUUUAAUCCAGACUUUAAUUAAAUAGUCAUUAUUAUUACUACUUACAUCACACGUUCAUUGUGCAAGUAAAUGAUCCCGAAUUCAAAUCAGGGCUUUUCAGUGUUUUUCAUUUGUCAAAAAUUCUCAAUAAAGACGAGUUUGGCCAAUAAUUUAUAAAACCAUACUUUCCGCUUUGUAUGCUUGUGUAAGAUAACAAUCCGUAGCGUACAACGAUUGUGAAUAAUGUAUUGUUGUCAUAAAAAAUUAAUACAUUAAUUGUUUAAAUGCCAUUUUUAAACCAUCAAAAGGUUUUUUGGGAAGAAGGCUAGAGAGUGAGGAAUUCAUACUGCACUUAAACCCGACGGUCACCGACGAGGAAUAUAGGGUCCUCUUAUGGACCUACGCCGACCGGGGAGUCAUUUGUUCUAAUGGCCUACCGAUUCUGUGAUGUUUUUAUAUACUUAUUUAAUGUUUCUGUGCAAAUUAUUUAAUUAACAACUAUUCUUUUCCGUGCCUAAAUAUUAUAAAGUUUGAUAUGAAUG